AUAGGGAAUGACGUGUUAUUUUAUAUAAAUGCGAGUAUUGGUUAAAAUUAAACAAACAGUUGCUUAAAAUCAAACUUGGUUAUUCAGGGAUUAUCUUUUUGCGGUUAUUUUCAGAAUUCUGGAUAUAUUUUGCAACAAAGUUUAUCUGAAUAUCCAAAACAUUUUAGAUUAAAUGAAGAACAAAACCUAUAACACUAGUUUUUCAAAAGAGUUGUAUGAUGAUUAUAAAGUUACUGAUAACAAAGAAGAAUUCAUAAAGGAGUAUUUGGAAAAAGAAAAAGAAAAUGGUGUUACUACUAAAUUAGAUUUUUAUUGUUUGCUUUUAUGUCAAGCAAUCGAAGAGCAAGACAAAAAUAUGGUUAAAAACAUAUUGCAAUUACAUCGAGCAGAAAAUUAUCCACAAUUAUUAACAAAUGUUAAUAAACAUCAUAUGAGUCCAUUAGUCUUUGCUUUGCUUUUUAACGAUACAAACGAUAUAAAAGAUAUUAUUCGGGAUUUGUUAAACCAAUUAUUAAAUGAAGGAUAUUAUUUUCAAAAAGUUAUCUUAACUAGAGAAGCCUUCUUAGUAAUGUAUGAAGUUAUUGGUUUUCAAGGAGAAGCUUACUUAGAAUGUGUAGAUGACUUUUUGAAGCCUCUUGUAGUUGACGAAGAAGUAUCUAUCAUAAGAGAAUAUGAUGAAGAUUUAACGUUGCCAAUGUUAAACAAGCUGAAGUUUUUAUAAAUUGAUUGAUGUUACGUAUAUGAUUCAAAGUUACUUGCUACGUUAUAUAUUUUUACGUUAAAAUUCUUACGUUAUAUAUAUUUUUCUCAAAAAAAUAUAUAAUGAAAUAAGA